AUGCUGCCGCGCGGCUCCGCCCGCACAGGCGCAGCGCUGGCGGUCGCUGUCGGCAGCCGCUCGGCGCCCGCGCGGGCGGCCACCUCGCCCGCCGCCCGCCCGCCCGCGGCAACGGAGGCGAAGCCAGCACGCGGCCGCGCCCUGCACGUGCUGUGCCUGCACGGCUUCUGCCAGAACGCGGAGGUGUUCCGCAAGAAGACCGGCUCCCUGCGGCGGGCGAUGAAGGGCUGCGAGUUCUGGUUCGCGGAGGCCCCCCACUCAGCCGAGGGGGCGUUCUCGGACGACAACGCGGAGGAGCUCGGCGCGGGCGGCGGCGGCGGCUCUGGUGCCGGGGGCGCCGGGCCGCGGGGCUGGUGGCACGCGGGGGAGAAUGCCCAGCGGGCGGCGGGGCAGGAGCGGGUGCGCCCCGCGCAGUCCGCGAGCUGCAGCGGCUGGCAGGAGGGGCUCGAGAGCGCAGGGCGGGACGCGGAGGCGCUGGCGGCGGAGGCGGGCCAGGGCUCGUUCGACGGCGUGCUGGCCUUCUCCCAGGGCUGCGCGGUGGCCACCGCGCUGCUGAGGCGGGCGGCCGCGGGCGGCGGCGGGCCGCUGGCGGGGGCGCGCUUCGCGGUGCUGGUGGGCGGCUUCGUGCCGCGCGACGCGGCCUGCGCGGCGCAGCUGCGCGCGGGCGGCGGCCGCGCCGAGCCCCUCGCCGUGCACUCGCUGCACGUCUCGGGCGCCGCGGACGAGCUGGUGCCGCGCGCCAGGAGCGCGGCGCUGGCGGAGCUCUACUGCCCGGCGUCGGCGUCGUGGUUCGAGCUCGGCGCCACCGGAGACGGUCGACGGUGGCGCCGACGGGCACCCCGGACGGCACGGGGCCCACCAAUCCCGACCGGCACCGGGGCGUUCAAGGCGGCGUUGCGCGGCCUGCUGGAGCGGGCUGCCGGCGCGGGGUGA